AUGGAGGCCGAACCAGAAGUAACCUGGAUUGGAUUGUCGCUGGGAUCUGCUUAUUCCACUAUAUCCGUGCUCAACAAGGAUGGCAGAGUCGAAGUCAUUGCUAAUGCUGAUGGAGAACGCCAGAUCGCAUCAUGUGUGACUUUUACUGACUUUGAACAGUUGGCUGGUACGCAAGCUAAACAACGUGGAUCUGUCAAUCCAAAGAAUAUGGCUGUACGCUUCUUGGACUUGCUGGGUAGAAAAAUGGACGACGAUCACGUAUCCUACAUCACAAAAUCCAUUCAAGUCCCCAUAUCUCCCAAAACCGAAAACGCAAACACUCCCGUAUUCGAAAUCACCACCGAACCAAAAUGGGACGAACCUCCCGUCACUGUACAAUACACCGCCAUAGACAUCACUACCAGAUACGUGACCCAUCUGAUCUCAACCGCACAGGAAUUCCUAGGUAAAAAAAUCGACGGAUGUGUCAUCUCAUGUCCCGUCAAUAUGACUCCGGAAGGUCGACUAUCGCUAAAACUAGCUGCUGAAAAGGCUAACGCCGGUAAAGUCAUGCUGGUAAAGGAACCCGCUGCUGCUGCUCUAGCAUUCUACCACUACCCAACGCUGCUCGCUACUGGUGCACUACCGCCUCCACCAUCAGCAAACAAACCGGAUCAGAAUAUAGUAGUGGUUGAUUUCGGUGCACAUCAUCUGUCUACUACCGUAAUGAGCUCCAGUAAAGAUCUAUUUAGCAUCAUAGCAUCAAACACCACGAAUGUAGGAGGCAGCCAUAUAGAUAAACUCCUAGCAAGCCAUUUCGCAAUCGAGUUCCAACGCAAGACUCGUAUGGAUGUCACCGAAUCACGUAAAUCAAUGAUCAAGCUGCAAUCAUCUGUAGAAUCCGCUAAACGGCUCUUAUCUAAAAUCGAAACGGCUUCCUGUCACGUCGAUUCUCUACACGAGGGUGUAGACUUUACUGGAUCAAUCCACCGUGGACGUCUCGAGAUGAUGAUUGAAGAACCACUUACAAUGUGUCUCGCGUCUAUAAAGCAGACACUAGACGAUGCUAAAAUGACUGCUGAGCAGGUAGACCAGGUGCUUCUUGUAGGUGGCUCAUCGCGAAUCCCGCGCUUCCAAGCAAUGAUUAAAUCGCUCUUCAAAUCAUCUGAUAUACGAACCGAUAUCGAAUCUGACGAGGCCAUAUCCCUUGGUUGUGCCAUACAGGCUCUCAUCGUCGCCAACUCAAACGCCAUCAAUUAUAUAGAUCUCGCUAACGAUGCUACCUUAUACGCCAACGUGCCCCAUGUAACCAAAUCAAUCGGCAUUGAAGUCGCAGGUAGUGUCUUUGCCACGAUCAUCCCUAAACGAGCCCCAAUCCCUGUACGCAAGUCUCUUGAAUUCGGAUUAAACCAGGACAGCAAUACCAAUAGCAAGGCCAAAGAACAACCACAACGAGAUAUAUACCUCGCUGUGUACGAGGGCGAAGAAAAAAUCGCCAAACAGAAUACACUUAUUGCUGAAAUCGUCGUGUCGGAUUUAGGUGGUGGGGGUGAUGAUGUGCCUGACACAGGUGCACCUGCUACGAAUGGAAAGGAUGGGAAAAAGGAGGAGCCGUUACGUGUUGAGGUUAUUUUUACGAUUGAAAAGGAUUUGGUGUUGCGGGUUUCGGUGCUUGAGCUGAAUGGGCCGAGGAAGGGGCAUGUUACAAAGCAUAGGAUGGCUGUUAAGUAA